AUGGUGCCCUCAAACAGCGAAAUCGCACCGUGGGACACGAGACCUUCCCAGUCGACCCCGAUGCCCCCCAAAGCCAUGGCCAUAUUCGGGACCAACGCGGACUCGAAUUCGGCCAGCCGCAAACAUCUCCCGAGACCCAUACAAGCUCCCGAAGUUGCACCAUGGGAGACUCGUCUUGCACACGACGACGAUAUCACUCCGUGGGAACGAGAUCCGCAGGCCCAAAUCUCGGGGACUCGGUCCAUGAACCAAUCUUACUUCCCUGAGUCUGUUGGUAGAUACGAUGGACAGGGUUCCUUCAGGCGCCCCGAUACCGCUAGAACGAACAUGUCAGAUUCUCUAGACUAUGAUGGUGAUGCACGUCGGCCGUCGAUUGCGAGUGCUACGACGGUCAGUAGUACGGGCUCAAGAAGUAGCGCUGCAAAUGGUCGGUUCCAUAAAAGUUUGAAGGGGUUUUUUGGCGAGGAUCCUACAGACUCGCGGAAGGGUUCAACAGCGAAUCUGGCAGAACAACUGCCGCCUCCGAAUUCGUCGGAGAAGCCGGCCCAGCGGAGUGGCUCUACGCAGACGCAGAACACGGUGGACGAUCGACCCAAAACUCCUGCUCCGCCUCCGUCCAGCGACGUCACGCCUUGGGCCUAUCAGAACUUCGAGGACGUGUCCAAUUUCGGGUCUGCGCCAAUACGACAGGAGCAACAAGAGCAACAACAAAAUGAGACGCUCGUUCCCAGCUCCUCGGCGUCAUCUCAAAGGCAUGGCCUGUUCCGGCAUCGCUAUACUAGAAGUAAAGAGGAUCCGCCAAAAGGCCAGGCAGCGCCUCCUUCGAUGCCCAAGAGGCCUUCCACCAGCCGUGAAUCAUCCACAAGCAAUCUAGCUUUCUACCGCAACACCCCCCAGGCUACCACCCCAAUGAGCUCCUCUACAGCACUGGCACGCAAUGCCAGCCCGGCCCCCUCGUCGCGCAAAGAGACGUCCACGAAGUCAGAGAAAAGAGGCCUGUUUUCGAAAUUCACCAAAUCGCACAAGGACAAGCACUCGCCCCAGCCAGAGCCCGUAAAGACCAAUGUCGAGCCCGUGCGCCUCCCAGAGGAGCCGAAGAAGCCCAGAGCCACGUCAAACAAAACCGCCGCCUCGGACGCUGACAACAAAAGGGACAGAGAGACGAGCGUCGCCUCGGUGGAUAGUGCAUCUACAAUCAAACCAUCCGAGCCUUCUCCGAAGCUUGAUCGGACCCAGACAGCCUCAUCCAAAUCUGGCAGGUUCCAUCGGACUAGGCAUCGCGGUCCCAGCAUUCAGAGCGAGGCUUCUGACAAGGGUAGAUCGACAAGUGGCCACCAAGGUCCAUCGCAAGCAGGAAUAUUCAGCCUGGACACCAACCUUGAUGAUAUCUCGGAUAUUGUCUCUCAGCCAGCUGCGCCUAAAACUCCUGGAGAAGCAGGGAUAUGGGCUGGGAAAUCUGCAGCCACGCCAAUGUCGGAGCUGUCGGCGCCUGCUUGGGAUGCUCCAGACAGUUGGGCCGUGAAAGGCCAGGAGGAUGAGGUGCUUGAUAGUCUGCCAGAGGCCACCGACGAUGGCUUACCCGCCAUUCAGGAAGAGGACGGCAUCUCCUACUUCAUGCGUGUGUUCAGAACAGAUGGCACGUUUGCUACUUUGUCCAUGUCGAUCAAUGCCACGGUUGGAGAAGUGCUUCAGUCGCUUGCAAAGAAAUCGGUGCUGCACGACUCCAUAGAUAACUACCAGCUUGUCAUGCGCAAACACCAGCUCUCAAGACAACUGGGCUCAGGAGAACGGCCUGUGGCUAUGCAGAAGAAGCUCCUGUACCUGGCUGGAUACACGGAAAGGGACCGCGUUGAAGAUGUCGGCAGAGAAGACAAUAGCUACCUGAUCCGAUUCACAUUCAGCCACGAGAAGCAGACGGGUUAUGGCAGCGGCCUUGACAAAGAUCCGGCAUUCAACAAGAUGCAGAAGUUUAGCCAUGUGGAUCUGUCCGGGAAGUCACUGGUCACAAUCCCUAUUAUCCUCUACACAAAGGCAUCGGAAAUCAUCUCCAUCAACCUCUCUCGGAACCUUGCACUAAAGGUACCCAAAGACUUUAUCACGGCAUGCAUCAACUUGCGCGAGAUCAAGUUUACCGGGAACGAAGUAUGGCGGUUACCUCCCAGCUUGGCUUGGGCCAGCCGGCUGACUGUGCUUGAUGUAUCAAACAAUCGACUGGAACAACUGGAGCAUGCUGAGCUGCACCGGUUGAUGGGCCUUGUGAGCCUGAAGCUCGCAAACAACAAAUUGUCGCAGCUGCCACCCAACUUCUCAUACUUCCGUCAGCUUCGCAGCCUCAACCUCUCUUCCAACAACUUUACUACCUUCCCGGAGAACAUCUGCAGUCUGAAGUCCCUCGUUGACCUUGACAUCAGCUUCAACAAGCUUUCUGCGCUUCCCAAGAUUGCGCAGUUGACCACGCUCGAGCGACUCUGGGUGACCAACAACGAUUUGAAAGGUCCCUUCAACGAAUCGUUCCGGAGUCUGAUCAACCUGAAAGAGAUCGACGCCAGGUUUAAUGCAAUCACAAACAUCGACAACAUAACAAACCUGCCCAACCUCGAACAGGUUCUCGUCGGUCACAACAGCAUCACCACGUUCAAAGGCUCGUUUCCAAAGCUGCGUGUUCUCGUCGUAGACCACUGCCCGAUCACCUCCUUCGAGUUGGACCAACCCGUCCCUACGCUGUCAAGCCUUAACAUAGCUUCAGCAAAACUGGUUGAGUUCAAGGAGACCAUGUUCGACUACAUGCCAAACCUCCAGAAGCUAAACCUGGACAAGAACCACCUCUCAAACAUGUCGUCGCAGAUUGGUCGGUUGACCAAGCUGGAGUUCUUGAGCAUGGCCAAGAAUCCGCUAAACAUCGUCCCCCCGUCCAUUGGGAAUCUGGGUGAGCUCAAGUUCCUGAAUUUGAGAGAGUGCAAUGUGAAAAGCCUUCCACCAGAGAUCUGGUAUUGUCGGAAGCUCGAGACGCUGAACUUGUCCUCGAAUGUGUUGGAAACCUUCCCCAAGCAGAAUGCGGCUCCACCGCCAAACGACAAGGACUUCACGCCGACGGCAACGCCCGGUAUGUCGACCUCCCCGAGCUUUGACGACCUUGGCAAGCUUGAAGACUUUCAAGCACGGCGACCGAGCCAAGCGUCGUCCGGGAUGAUGAGCAUUGGUACUUCGCCCGGUGCACGAAAGAAUUCAGUUGCAUCGCUUAGUGCUCACCGAAAGCAGUCUGUCAUUUCUAGGACAAAUACAGAAUAUUCGAUGUCGACUGCAACGAGAAAAGACUCCAGCAUCUCGGCCGCCAGGCUCCAUAACACGUUUGCUGGAUCACUUCGAUAUCUCUACUUGGCUGACAAUCGCCUGGAAGACGACGUCUUCCGUGAGCUAGUUCUGUUGCCGGAGCUUCGCGUCCUCAAUUUGUCUUACAACGAGCUCGACGACUUUCCACAGGGGGCACUUCGUCGCUGGCCUCAGCUCAGCGAGCUCUAUCUGUCUGGCAACGAGCUGACUUCCCUGCCUUCCGAUGAUCUCGAAGAGAGUAGUAAUCUCAGGAUUUUGCAUCUGAACGCGAACCGGUUCCAAGUAUUACCUGCCGAGUUGUGCAACGUGCACAAACUGUCUACCUUGGACGUGGGAAGCAACUCACUGAAGUACAAUGUUUCCAAUUGGCCCUAUGAUUGGAACUGGAAUCGCAACACCAACCUCAAAUACCUCAACUUUUCAGCCAACAAGAGGCUUGAGAUCAAGCCGGCCACUCACCAAAACCAGAACCACUUCCACGCAGUGACCCGCGACGAAACCACAGAUCUCACCAGCUUCAAUACGCUCAAAUAUCUCCGGGUCUUGGGUCUCAUGGACGUGACGCUCUUGACCAAUACCAUCCCAGACGACAACGAAGACCGCCGUGUACGAACGUCGGCUUCGUUGGUCGGAGCAUUGAUGUACGGUAUGGCAGACACCCUCGGCAAGAAUGAACAUCUGGCAACCCUUGAUCUCCUCAAGCCGAAUUUCAGAGGCCAAGAGAGUGAGAUUUUGAUCGCAAUGUUUGACGGUCAAACAAUGUCGAGCGGCGGAUCGAGAGUUGCGAAGUAUCUACACGAAAACUUCUCUGCCGUCUUCUAUGAGGAGUUGAAAAAGGCAGAGAAUCUGAAAGAUACACCGAUCGAUGCUCUCCGAAGGACCUUCCUCACCAUCAACAAGGACAUGGCAAAUUUUGCCAGCAGCGGGUUUGACACCAAGGAGCACAGACUGGCUAAUGGCCACAGAGGCUCCACUGUUGCCAACAUUCUAGGCCCGGAUGAUCUGAGCUCGGGUGGCACCGCUACAGUUUUGUACGUCAAUGGGCAAGAACUCCACGUUGCAAAUGUUGGUGAUAUUGAGGCUAUUCUCAUUUCGUCCAACGGCCAACAUCGGCAGCUUACACGCAAGCACGACCCAGCCGAGGCAGGAGAACGAGAGCGGAUCCGAGAGGCGGGAGGAUAUGUCUCUAGGCAGGGCAGACUCAACGACGUCCUCGAGGUGAGCCGUGCAUUUGGCUAUUACAGCCACAUGCCGUCGGUCAUUGCCGCUCCGCAUACAUGCAACUAUCAGAUCACAGAGUCGGACGAGAUCAUCGUCAUUGCUACCAAAGAGUUUUGGGACUAUGUCACUGUCGAUGUGGCAGUCGACGCUGCGAGGGCAGAAAAGAACGAUCUUAUGCUUGCCGCGCAGAAAUUGAGGGAUCUGGCCAUGGCAUUUGGAGCCAGAGACAAGAUCAUGGUUAUGGUGCUGGGCAUUUCAGACCUCCGGAAGAGAGGCAACCACCGCUUCCGUGGAACUAGUUUGUCCAUGGCAAAGGAGUUGGGCCUUGAUGAGGGAGCCAUUUUCCCGAGUUCACGGAAAGCUCGACGCAAAGGCGAAACACUUGUCGGCGACUCGCGGCUCGCCCGACUCGAAGAACCGGAACCACCUGUCGGCGAUGUCGCGAUCUGUUUCACUGACAUCAAGAACUCGACAGCACUCUGGGAGCUCUUUCCCGUGCCCAUGAGAUCGGCAAUCAUGAUGCACAAUGAGCUCAUGCGGCGACAGCUUCGAAUCAUAGGGGGCUACGAAGUCAAGACCGAAGGAGACGCCUUCAUGGUGUCGUUCCCAACGGUGACAUCUGCCUUACUUUGGUGCUUCAGCUGUCAAAGUCAUCUUCUCGAACUGCCCUGGCCACAGGAGAUUUUAGAAACCGCGCAUUGUCAAGAGAAGCUGGAUUCAGACCAGAACACCAUCUACCGCGGGCUCUCAGUCAGAAUGGGUAUACACUGGGGCCGGCCAGUGUGCGAGCAAGAUCCUAUUACACGAAGGAUGGAUUAUUUUGGUCCCAUGGUCAACAAGGCUGCUCGAGUGUCUGCUGUUGCAGAUGGAGGGCAAAUCACCGUCAGCAGUGACUUCAUCGCCGAGGUGCAAAGGACUCUGGAGAGCUAUGCCGACGAUGACCGUCGAGAUUCGAUGGGAUCGGAGGACACAGUCAAUGACGAUCCUCUGUCCGUCCAGAUCCGGCGCGAACUGCGCCAAUUGAGCAGCCAAGGCUUCGAAGUCAAAGACUUGGGCGAGAAGAAGUUGAAAGGGCUAGAAAACCCCGAGUACAUUUAUUUGAUGUACCCAACGACUCUUGCAAGUCGACUUGGGAUUUCCCCUGGAGUCGAGUCCAAGGUGCCACCCGGUGGUGAGCCAGGGACUCUGGGCGAAGACAGCCAGCUCAAGGACCUGCAACUGGACCAGGUCUGGAAGCUCUGGGACAUCGCUCUGCGGCUGGAGAUGUUGUGCAGUUGUUUGGAAGUGCCUGAGCGGGCCGCUCGACUCCACAAGCCCGAAUUGAGCCUGCUCACCAGGAUGAAAGAGCGCGGUGGCGUGCAGAGCGAUGCGUUCAUGGUGAAUUUGCUGGAACAUCAGGUGACACGGGUUGAGGCCUGUGCCACCACUCUGCAACUCCGACACAUGUAUCAGCCUUUCCAGAAGGGUGUCAGCCUGUUUGAGCAGGCCAAGCCGAUUGGAGAGAUUUUGAGUGAGAUGGCCAACCUCCUCGCGGAGGUCAAGGCGGGAAGGAGUGAGAUCAAGACGCCAGAGACCUCCGAAGAAAGCAGUCAAGGCGAAAGUAGUGAAGCGGAUGAUGAGCGAAUGAGCGAGGUUGCCGGGAGUUGCCGGCUGAAGGUAGGCUGGUAG